UCGCGCUGGGCGCUCGUCGCUCGCCGGCGACCAUGGGGGAGGCCGAGGUGGGCGGCGGGGGCGCCCCGGGCGACAAGGGGCCGGGAGAAGCGGCCACGAGCCCGGCGGAGGAGACGGUGGUGUGGAGCCCCGAGGUGGAGGUGUGCCUCUUCCACGCCAUGCUGGGCCACAAGCCCGUCGGUGUGAACCGGCACUUCCACAUGAUCUGUAUCCGGGACAAGUUCAGCCAGAACAUCGGGCGGCAGGUUCCAUCCAAGGUCAUCUGGGACCAUCUGAGCACCAUGUAUGACAUGCAGGCACUGCAUGAGUCUGAGAUUCUUCCCUUCCCAAAUCCAGAGAGGAACUUCGUCCUUCCUGAAGAGAUCAUUCAAGAGGUCCGAGAAGGAAAAGUGAUCAUUGAAGAGGAAAUGAAAGAGGAGAUGAAGGAAGACGUGGACCCGCACAGCGGGGCUGACGAUGUUUUCUCAUCUUCAGGGAGCUUGGGGAAAGCAACAGAAAAAUCCAGCAAAGACAAAGAGAAGAACUCUUCAGACUUGGGGUGCAAAGAAGGGGCGGACAAGCGGAAGCGCAGCCGGGUCACCGACAAAGUGCUCACAGCAAACAGUAACCCCUCCAGCCCCAGCGCUGCCAAGCGGCGCAGAACAUAGACACCUGGACCCCUGGGGGCAGCAGAAUCAUCCUGAUGCUUCAAGCUACUACUGCCUGCCCUCAGUCCUCGGCACAAGUGUUCAUUUCACAGGGACACUCGUGGAGGCUCCCACUGCAUUGCCAGCCCUUCUGGGGACUCACGGAUCUGAAAGACCAGGAUCAACCCAGCCGGAUCUGCCUUCUGCCUCCUCCCAGGGCUUCGACCUUCGUCCAUCACUCUUGGAGGAGACCCAGAGAAGACUUGAAUCAGCAAGCAAUAAAACACCGCCCUCUGUCCUCAGAAGGAGCCCCUCGUCUCCCUGGGUUCCCCCCUUACAUUCGCCUGGCCCUCUAAGCCUCCCUCCUGCCUUGACCAGGAUACCAGGAGAAGGAAGCCUGGACGUCACACUACUGGCCUGCGUGGACGUCCCCCAGCCGAGAACCUGAGGACUGGAUAUUUUGCCUCAUUCACUGUACUGUAAUGAUGUAUAUAAUUUGGUUGGUAUUUCACUAUUUAAUUUUUAAGAAACCUAUUUUAUACUAGUGUUUUAUAUGAGCAAAAAUACUGCAGAAGUUAAACCUAUGUUGUAUUUUUUCUGAGAUGUUUUGUUUCAAGGUAACAACUGCUGAGAUACUUUUUGCUCAGUUUUUAUAUGCCAGAUACAGAGAAUUUGUAGUGGUUAUUUUUGUAAUUCUGGUGACUUGUGAAAAGACCAAAUGAGGGUGACGGGAAAGCACAACCAUGGGCUGAGGCAGUGGUGGCCCUGGUGCACCCUGGGGUGCACUUCAUUUGGUUGGGAACAUUAAAAGCACAAAAAAGUCGA